AUCACUAAAAACACAAAAGAAGAAAAGAACCUCAUCACUAAAAAAAAACACAAAAAGAAAACCUCAUCACAAAAAGAAAAACCAAGCUAUCCAAUUCGAUUCUAAUUCAUACUCUUCGUUGCCGUUCAAAGUUUCAAUCUUUCAUCAAAUUAACGUAACCCCAUCUGUUUCUAUUCUACAAAAAUCAACGAAAAUUUCACCCCCAAAAACAAUAAAACCCAGAGGGAAAAAAAAGUGACAAUUUUUCAUAAUUUUCCUCAAAAAAUUCUGGGUUUGAACGGUUUUUAAGGAACAUGUCUUUGAUCCGAAGAAGAAAAGGUUCGGAACCAGAAAAGGGUCAGAGUGAAAAUUCAGAACCAAAAAUUCAGAAGAAAGAAGGAGAAGAAGAAGAAGAAAGAGAAGAUGAUGAUGAUAAUGGCAAGAACAAAAAGUACAAGAAGAAUAAGAACGAGGUUGAUUUGUUGAAGAAGAAGAAGAGUAAUAAGUGGUCUUGUGUUGACAGUUGUUGUUGGUUUGUCGGUUGCAUUUGUACUUUAUGGUGGUUUUUGUUGUUUAUGUAUAAUGUUAUGCCUGCUUCUUUUCCUCAAUAUGUAACUGAAGCUAUUACUGGUCCUAUGCCUGAUCCACCUGGUCUUAAACUUAAGAAGGAAGGGCUUAGCGCGAAGCAUCCGGUGGUUUUUGUGCCGGGGAUUGUUACUGGUGGACUUGAACUUUGGGAGGGUCAUCAGUGUGCUGAAGGGUUGUUUAGGAAGAGGUUGUGGGGUGGUACUUUUGGAGAAGUUUACAAAAGACCUUCAUGUUGGGUGGAGCACAUGUCCUUGGACAAUGAAACAGGAUUGGAUCCACCUGGCAUAAGAGUAAGGCCUGUCUCUGGACUUGUAGCUGCCGACUACUUUGCUGCAGGAUACUUUGUUUGGGCCGUUCUAAUUGCUAACUUGGCACGCAUUGGUUAUGAAGAAAAAACCAUGUACAUGGCUGCAUAUGAUUGGAGAAUAUCAUUUCAGAACACUGAGGUGCGAGAUCAAACACUAAGUCGGAUAAAAAGCAACAUAGAACUUAUGGUUGCUACUAAUGGUGGAAAUAAGGCGGUUAUUAUUCCACAUUCGAUGGGGGUUUUGUAUUUUCUUCAUUUCAUGAAAUGGGUCGAAGCACCAGCUCCUUUAGGGGGUGGAGGAGGACCAGAUUGGUGUUCCAAAUAUAUUAAGGCAGUUGUAAACAUUGGUGGACCAUUUUUAGGCGUUCCAAAGGCUAUAGCAGGGCUUUUCUCGUCCGAAGCCCGAGAUAUUGCUGUUGCCAGGGCGAUUGCACCGGGAUUUUUAGACAACGAUAUGUUCCGCCUUCAAACGUUGCAACAUGUUAUGAAGAUGACUCGCACUUGGGACUCCACAAUGUCAAUGAUACCAAAAGGAGGGGACACCAUAUGGGGUGGUCUUGAUUGGUCACCUGAAGAGGCCUGCCGCCUUAAUAUAAAAAGGCAAAGCAGUGGUGAAUAUACUCAGUUGACAGACGAAGAGACAAAUAAAACACAUGUUAACUAUGGAAGAUUGAUAUCAUUUGGCAGAGAUGUCGCAGAGGCAGACUCGUCUAAGAUUGAUAUUGUUGAAUUUCGGGAUGCAAUUAAGGGUCCAAAUAUUGCAAAUACCACGUGUCGUGAUGUGUGGACCGAAUACCAUGACAUGGGACUUGGGGGAGUAAGAGCAAUUGCAGAUCAUAAAGUUUACACAGCUGGCUCAAUCAUAGACCUACUUCAGUUUGUUGCACCGAAAAUGAUGGAGCGUGGUGGUGCUCAUUUCUCUUACGGAGUAGCUGACAAUUUAGAUGAUCCUAAAUAUGAACACUACAAAUAUUGGUCAAACCCCUUGGAAACAAAAUUACCAAAUGCUCCUGAUAUGGAAAUUUUCUCUCUAUAUGGAGUUGGCCUACCGACCGAAAGAGCUUAUAUUUACAAGCUAUCUCCCUUUGCUGAGUGUUACAUUCCUUUUGAAAUUGAUCCUACGGCUGAUGGUGGUGCUGAAGUUAGUUGUUUGAAUGAUGGUGUCUACACUGUUGAUGGUGAUGAGACUGUUCCAGUUCUAAGUUCAGGUUUCAUGUGUGCUAAAGGUUGGCGUGGAAAAACACGAUUCAACCCUUCAGGAAUCAAAACUUAUGUUAGAGAAUACGAUCAUUCUCCUCCAGCCAACCUGCUAGAAGGAAGAGGAACACAAAGCGGUGCUCAUGUUGAUAUAAUGGGAAACUUUGCGUUGAUUGAAGAUGUUAUGAGGGUUGCAGCAGGAGCCAAAGGAGAAGAGUUGGGAGGCGAUAGGGUGUAUUCUGAUAUCUUUAAAUGGUCCGACAGAAUCAAAUUACCUUUGUGAGGGGGAUCCUCUCCAGUUACUGAAUGGUUCUGGUAGAACAGCUAAAGGCACAACCAAUAAAAUAUUAUUUUAUUUAUUGUGCAUUUUCUCUCAUACCGGAACCAUCCAGAGAGGAUCUACACCGUUUUGCGAGUGAAGCAAAAUGCACAUCCACUCUUUCAUUUCUCUAAAGGACCAGAUUAUGUGAUAUAUACAUUUUUUGCAGUAUAAUCUCACUGCUGCCAGAGUUCCAUAAAAUGCACUCAGAAUUUCUGGUCCUGUUUAUGAAAUUCAGAUUCCAUGGAGUGGUGAAAAAGGAAGCAAAGGACACUUCAAAACUUUGGCUGUGUUGUACCAUAACAUUUUUUGCUUUUUAUAUUUUUUAAAUUUUGUACCAAUAAAUUGACAAUACGUAAUAAUUAGGUAUUAAAUUAGAUACUUGAUAUAUAAUUUUAUUAUGUCUUUGCUUUUUAUGUAAUGACUCAUUCUAUCUUUUAAAAUAUUAAUUAUAUUUUUUUUAUUCAA